AUAGACGCAGUGCCGCAAUAACCGAGUGUGUAACGUGUGUCGAACACGCGGGCACAUAGCUCCGGCUUAUAAUAGGACUCGGUGAUAAUAGUUUAAAACUAUGUAGAAAGCAAGAAAAUAAAACCAUUUUCUAAUAAUAAUCAUUACUGGAGAUUGAACAAUAUUGUUGAUUAAUUUUGUUUUGUACACAUUAUCGUACAUCAACGUUUCUUUUGCGGCCUGUAUAAUCGAAAUUCAAAAUAGUUUUAUUAAAAUUAAUUUGUUCCCCUGUAGAUUCCGGACGCGGGGAGGGAGGAUUAAUUUUAUUUACACACAGGCCCAGAUUAUUGAAGUUGUGUCACUGCAUAGACAUGUAAUUCCUAAUAUAUUUACGCCACUGCUUUCUAUAAUAGUUUUUUUAAUUUAUUAUGUACUAAUUGUCUUCUCUACAAUAUGAUUACUAUCCUGCGUGUCAGUAUCAGCGUUAUCACCGGACUCGACGUACGAUCUCAAAACAACUGCAGCUCAAAUUCUUAUUUGAAUUUAAUAUUUUUACCUUUAUCUAAGUUUAGUUUUUAUUUUAAGUCUUAGGUCGCUUGUAUAAUCAUUAUUUAGCCAUGAGUGUCUUGUACAACGAUGACGUCGGUUAUUUCAUAUCGCACGAGUUGUUCAUCUCGAAAUUGUACCGUACAGCCGUGAGCGAAAACAUUAUGUUUUUUUACGAACAUUUUUUUCACAUUGACAAUCCAUUCGUUAAGGAAAAACAACAAGCAAUUAACACCCGAUCGAAAGAUGAUGAUGACUAUGGCGUCAGCACAAAACGCAAACGGAAACAUCUACAACCUAUGGUAAAUGAAAUAGUUCAAAGAAUCAAAACUUUCAUAUCUAACUUAAAAACCAACAGUGUUAUAUUUUCUGUGCCGAUUAGCACUUCUGAGAAUAAUAGCUGUGCUAGACAAGCAUCUAUUGAAUUUUACGAAAAGACCAAAGAGUUAAAAACAUUAUUUGGACAAAACUCAAAUCCAAUUUUACAUGAAGAAAAUGGCUAUAUGUUUCCUCCGAAUUGUAAGUUUUAUUGUGAUGAUGUUAUUAACAUGAAAAAACUCGGAAAUGAAAAAUAUGAUUUAAUAUUGAUGGAUCCACCAUGGACUAAUACAUACAUUCAAAGGAGAAAAAAAUUUAAUAGAGAUGAAGGGUAUUCCAUGAUGAUUGACAAGGAUUUAGCACAGUUACCAAUAGACGAUUUUCUUAAUACAAAUGGUUUAGUUUGUGUAUGGUGUACAAAUUCUCAAAAUCACAUUGAUUCAUUGAAAAGUGUAUUAUUCCCAGCGUGGAAAGUAAAAUAUCUGGCAUGUUGGUACUGGAUAAAGGUAACUAAAUCUGGAGAAUUUAUUUGCAAUUUUGCAUCAUCAACUGGUAAACAGCCUUAUGAACGUAUAAUAUUUGGAAGAAAAAUUGACAGUGAUUCUGAAUUAAUAAAUCCUGAAGAAAAUAAAUUAAUUGCAAGUGUUCCAAGUUCAGUUCAUUCACAUAAACCUCCAUUAACUGAAUUAUUAACUCCUUAUUUGCCUUCAUCUCCAAAAUGUUUAGAACUAUUUUCAAGGUAUUUAUUACCCAAUUGGACAAGUUUUGGACUCGAAGCAUUAAAAUUUCAACAUAAAUUUAUGUUUGAAACUUCAACUAUAGAACAUUGUUUACACAAAUCCAAAACUAAUUUAUAAAUUUUUAACUAAAAUUAAACAAAAUUUAAGUUCAUUGCUAUUAAUCAUGUAAUAUAUUUAGUUUUACAAUAAAAUAGACAGUUAAUUUUAGUCUAAAUCUCAAAGAAGACAUUUGUAAAAUUACUUUUCUUGUGGCCUGUUCACUAGUAAGAAACCCAUUUAAUUGUUAAUACACUAUUGUACUCUGCUUAGCUGUUAAGUGUGUACUCAAACUAAAAUAGUGCCUAUUGUUAAUUUAAUUGUUAGCAUAAAAUAUUUAACCUAACACCAUAAAGAGAAAAAAAUUAUAAUCCCAAGAAAU